CCACUAAUAACAAAUGUUUCCAUAGUGAUUUCUUAAACGUCAGUUGGGAUAAGUAUGGAUAAAAGAUUAACGACGUUCUUGUUUCGUAGUUCGUAAAGUUUUGUGCGUAAAUAUGUGUCGACAGCAGACGUCUGUUUCAUUAAAUGUCAUUGGCACACUUUUAUGGACCACAACGCCGAUAGCCUUCGAAUGAUGAACGUCUGUCUCUAGUUUUGUUAGUUAUAGCAUAUACAUUACAUUACCGGUUUACACGCCUUAACAACGAGAAGGCGGUUAUGUUUUACUUUCAGCCGCUUUUUUAGAGGAAGAGAUGAAACAAUUUCAAGGUUAUGGGUUUGGUCUUCACACCGAGGAAAGGAUGGAUGAGUCUUACACACUAGUGUCUGUUCCUGCAGCAGUGGACUAACAGUGAUUCGACUUCGGAUAAAACACAUUAUACUCGAUCCAGUAAUGUAAAGCACGGCAGCCUUGUGAUUAUGAAAUAUGUGGCUUGGUUAUAGGUCCUGGAAACCACUCAAGUAAACAGUGACUGGUGAAAGGACUGAACAGCACUUUGUAUUCUGGGACAGUUUAGAAGAUAGAACCACCAGAUUCAGCAUGCACCAGUUCCUCUUGAGAUACUUUGGGAAUCAUCACAGGUGCAUUUCUACAUAAAAAAAAAAAAAAAACAUUUGUGGGACCCCUGAAUCAUUUCUACAGUGGCCAUUUAUGAUCCACAUUUAGAGGGAAAGUAACUCAAAGAACAACAUGAGGCCUGCUGGUCUCAGCCCAGCUGUUGCACAACUGGAACAGUGUGGCCUUGUUAACCGUGAUGAAAAGUACCUGUCCUCUUUAAACCAAGCAAUUCACAUGGAAGCUCUGAAGAUGCGUAGCUUGUCUGAGUCACCUGUGUCGAUAAUAACAGAUGAUCUUGAUUUGGUCUGUUCCACAGAAAGAGCCAUUGUGUCGUAUUUCAGCGGAGUAAAGAGUGAUUCAUCCUGCACUUUCUCGGUUGGAGAUAACGUAUCACACGUUACAGACACAUUGUCCCCUUCCUUAUUCUGCUCUUCCAUGUCAUCCUUCAGUUCCUUCUCUCCAUCCUUCUCUUCCCCUUCCUCCAGCCACUCAUCUGGCUCAAUGUCAGAGCUGUGUUUGAGUUCUCCAUCCUUUUCAGCUCUCUGCGGUCCACCUGAGGCCCAGGACCUUCUCUACAGUUGCACGCCGCAGGAAAAACCUCCAGAAGGAUGUUUGUAUCCCAAGUCUCCUAAGCAAGAACCUGUUGUUGAAUUUCAUCUUUGUAACAAGAAGCUUCUAAACAAGGAAGAACUGCUUCAGUAUCUCUGCAGUGACUCGGACACAGCCAAGGAACAAACCCAGCACCUUAAUGUACGCAGUAGUCAUUCAGAAGUACCUGAAGAGCUUCCUACAUUGCAGCAGUUCAAGAAUGGUUUGGCACCGAGUGGGAUGCCUAUAGUUGAGGGAAAGAAUGGACACCAUAGUGAAGAACAGCCAUGUAAAUGGAUGGAUUGUAGGGCUACCUAUGGACAGAAAGAAGAACUGGUGAGACACAUAGAGAAAGUUCACAUAGAUCAGCGAAAAGGGGAGGAAUUUACCUGCUUCUGGGCAGGAUGUGUCCGCCGGCACAAGCCCUUCAAUGCUCGAUACAAACUGCUUAUUCACAUGAGAGUCCAUUCUGGUGAGAAGCCCAACAAAUGCAUGUUUGAAGGCUGCAGUAAGGCAUUUUCCCGUCUGGAGAACCUGAAGAUCCACCUACGCAGCCACACCGGAGAGAAGCCCUACAUAUGCCAACAUCCAGGCUGUCUCAAGGCCUUCAGCAACUCCAGUGAUCGAGCCAAACACCAGCGCACACACCUGGACACGAAACCGUAUGCAUGUCAGCUCCCAGGAUGCACCAAACGUUACACCGACCCCAGCUCGUUGCGCAAACACGUCAAGGUCCACUCCAGUAAAUCCCUGCAGUCACAGGACAAGGUCCAGCUACGCAAUAAGGUGGAGCAGGAAGUUGUGGACGUGUGCUUGGGCUUGCAGCAUCUCCAUGGCUCUACUCCUUCAGUACACAGCCCAGACUACAGGUGUCCCACCUCCCUCACUAAGAUUCAUCAGGAAGGCUUUACUGCAUACUCAGAGGAGGAUGAAUCGUGUAGCAGAGUCUUAUCUGGAGCCUCCAGUGUAACACUGGAGCAGCCCAGCAUGGAGCACAGCAGCAUCAGCCUUCACAACCAUCUGCACAUUAACAAGCUCAAUCAGUCGAGACUUUCUCCACUGGUUUGUGGAAUCAACCUGGUCAGUGGUACCAAUGAGCUCCAGUCUGUCUCUGAGAAACACAUCUCCUUCCUAAACCCACAUCAAAAACUCAACCAGAUGUUUAAUGAAGUACCAAUAAAUCAGCAAGUUUUUCAGGCCACUUUUAAUCGAGUUGAGCAGAUUUCCUGUAAUGAAAGAGACGAUCUGCAUAAUUUUGACCAAAAUGGAUUUCCUUUUACGUGUAUAAACUCCUCUGGAUACAGCUUAACUCAGGACAUACAGUAGGUGCGUGGGAAUCGCCCCUCCUUCCUGUCCUGCUCCGGUCAGGGUCUAUAUGAGCACUGCCUCAGUCAGAUCUACUCUCUGUAGACUUGAGACACACCUUUGAACCGCUGCAUCGGAGAGCAGAAGUGUAGGAUCAAGGACAUGAAAGCAUGCGCUUUGAGGAAGUGGAGCAACAUUCAUUGAGAGAUUGCUUGAGCAUUGAGUCAGAGAAAAGAGAGACUCCUUGGGCACUGAUGAUAAUGAUGCAGCCUUAUGUUUUGAUGCUGAAUAGACACUGUAGUUUUCUGUUUGAGUGUGCACAGAGAAUGUUAGGAGAUAUGUUGUUUAUAUUGAGUUGGUAUUUUAACAUGACACAAUUCUUUAUAUAACAUGUUUUGUUGUAUUUUCAGACAUUAGUUUAAUGUGUGACACAAUAUCACAUCAUAGUGUACCAUUUUGCCGUCUUUCUCAAAUAAAUUACAGAGAAAUA